CAGGGGCUACCUGUAAUGGCGUCUAUCCGGGUUCGCGAUGUCGUCCUGCAGACGCAGCGUGGCCGCACCUUACAGUCGGUGUUCCGGGAGUUGCUGACCCUCACCGAUACACCUGCCAACCUCAACUGGGAGUACUUGCGGAUACUUCGACAAGCUAUAUGUCGGUGUCAUCCGACAUUCAUCCAGAUGUAGCCAAAAGUAUUGCCUAGUGGUUGGUGCGAUUGUUGCAGCGGUCGCGCCGAUGAACGUCUCUUUUAUGUCACAGCUUUUCAAGAUUGGGGAAGGCGAGAUCCGUGCGACAUUGGAACCAAUCAGCUCAAUCGUCAAUCUUCCCUCAGAGAACACAGCGAAAGUCACCUUAUAUCACGCAACGGCAAAAGAAUUCAUCAUGGGGGGACCAAUUGGCGAUGAGAAGGAUAAAGUAUUCUUCAUCAAUGAUGUGAAAGGGUAUUUCCUUGGAUUACCGCUCCUUCGACUCUUCAACAAUUAUUGCGAGCAGGAUGCAUUUGGAAUACCUACCAAUCCCCCUUUAGGAGAUAAAAGAAUAUGGAAGGAAUUUAUGGUGAAAAAGGCAGACCAUCGCAGGCGCUGCUCCUAUGUUGUUGAUUACUUAUUCCGGCACUUGGACCCUCGCAACUUUUUUCACAAGAGUCCAAUGAAUUGCAGAACGAGUUUAAUUCCUUCACACAAAAAUACAUGUUGACUUUCGUGCACUUGCAAAGCCAUUCUCAGUUUGGGCCUUUAUGUCCUGACGAAUUACUUCGAUUCAAU